AGCCGUCCCUCCCUAGUCCCUCCCUCUCAGCUCGGCCUUGGGCGCCAGGCUCCAAACGCACGACCCUUCUCCCGCCGCUCCUGCCCACGAGAGUCCACGACCCGCCAUUUGCGGCCCUCGCCCGCGACGACGCGCACGAUAAACAAUUCCAAGCCGGCUCCGUUUGUUUUCCCACAGGCCACAGCACCGCCCGACCGACCCCGUCCUCGGCUGUGGCCUGGUAUUAAUUGCGCAGGACCUCCUUCUAUUCGGUUCCCCCUCUGACACUGAUUUCUUUUCCCGGCCUCGGAGUCCGCGCCGCCCGCCGCGUUGCCCGAGAUGCUGUCCGCCAGGCCGAGAUCCGGCUCCUUCGAGGCCGGGCUCAGGGGUACCGCCACCGCCUCGUCCGUUUCCAGAGACCGCAAGCCGUCCCCUCGCCUCCAGCGCAGCCGCUCACCCGCCGCCGGCGGUUCCAACAAGGCGUUCCCGUCACCGGAGAGGCGGCGCGGCGUUGGCGGCGUGGGCGCCAUGCAGCAGCGGGUGGCGCAGCUGGAGGAGGAGCUCCGGCGGGAGCGGGAGGAGAAGGCGCGGGCCGUGAGGGAGCUCGAGGAGCUGAGGCAGCACAGCGAGGACGGCGCCGCCAAGGGUGUCGCGGAGAAGGUGCAGCUUCUGGAGCGGGAGGUGGACAAGUCCAAGGAGUCGGAGCGCAAGAUGCUGGAGUCGCUGAUAUACCAGACCAAGCAGCUGGAGCAGACCAAGAUCUCGCUCGAGGAGGCCAGGCUGGAGAUCGCCACGCUGCAGCAGGCUAACAAGACCCUCGAGUCCGCGUCCGCGUCCUCCCGGCGUGGCGGCGGCGGCGGCGGCGCGGAGCAGCCGCGGAGCGUCAAGGACCUCAUGUUCGGCGGCGCGGACGACGAGAUCAGGGCCCUGCGCGGCGAGCUGCGGGCGGCGACGCAGGGCGAGGAGAGGAGCCGCAAGGCGCUGGAGGACGUCUCCGUGGCGCUCGCCGACGUGACCAUGGAGGCCAAGCAGGUGAAGGCCUGGCUCUCCGAGGCGCAGGCCGAGGUGGAGGCGGCCAGCGCCGAGGUCCGGCGGCUGCGCGCGGCCCUGGCCGCCGCGUCCGCCGAGCGCGACCGGUCCAGGCUCGAGGCCGACGAGUGCGCGGCGGCGUGGGGCGACAAGGAGCGCGUGCUCCUCGACUGCGUGCGCGCGGCCGAGGAGGAGGCAGGGCGGGCGCGGCGGGACAACACCAAGCUGGUCGAGUCGCAGCGCGUCAUCCGCGACGAGAACGCGCGCCUCCGGGACGUCCUCAAGCAGGCCGUGGCCGAGGCCAGCGCUGUCCGGGACUCGCUCGAGCUCGCCAGGGCCGACAACGCGCGCCUCAACGACGCCGUCGCGGAUAAGGAGAGCGCGCUGCGGAGCCUCCGCCAGGAGUACGACUGCGUCAGGGUCAGCGAGGCCGCCGCGCAGGGCAGCCUCAAGGAGCUCAACACCCUCCUCGCCGCCACCACGACGACGACGGCGUGCAGCACGCCCGCGUCCGCCGCCGCGCCGGACCGCGGCUUCGACCAGCGCGUGCUAAACGGCAGCAGCAACGGGCCGACGCCGCCGCAGCGGUUGGUGCAUGCAGACAAGCCGCGGACGCCGGCGGGCAGCCGGAGGUUCUCGCAGUCGGCGCGGAUGGGGAGCCAGAACCCCAAGGAGCGGGUGUUCGCGUCGCUCAGCAACGUCGCCGACCUCAAGUCCGCGGCGGACGCGGCGGCGGUGGACCUGGACGACGAGUUGGACUUCGACCACGUGAAGCGCAAGAAGAGGCCGAUACUCCGCAAGUUCGGCGAUCUGUUCCGGAGGAAAAGCUUCUACAAGCCGAAUAAUUUAGCGCCAGUGCACACACUCUAAAUUCUUUUGUUUUUCCCCUUCUCUCCCCGUCGAUAUACUGCUUUGUAGCCCUGUUCUUUUCGUCUGAAUACACAAGAAAUGAGAAGUUUUCGGAUCA